UAAGGCCCGGAUUGAGCCCAAAUUCAAAAUCCGCCGGUCUCAGCACGCCGAAUGUCAUUAAUGUAACAGCGUAAACAUUAGUGCUGUGAGGACUAAAUUCAUUACUGCCGAGGAGAGACCCGGCGAUUACUCCGGCCUCCGGGAGUGUUUGUAAACGACCGACCGACCGCCCGCCGUGUUCGUCAAAGCAGCAACUCCACCCCCUUGGACACGGUAAACAGAAGCGGAAUAACGGGAGGUGCUGGUCACUCAUUAGGAAUGUAUACAAAAAGAUUAAUACGGUGGUGGAGUGUAUAUCCCUAAACACUGUGUUCAUAUCGGCGUCCCACUUUCACCGUAGGCAAUGACCGGAGUGUUUUAUUCCCUGACCCUGAGGUUAGUUGCAAUGGUCGAGUCGAAGAGUUGGUUGUGAGGGGAAGGAGCUGGUGGAAUGGAGCCAGCCGAAACAAACCACUGUGACAGAUUCUAUUGCUGUCAAAGCAUCCAAGUACCUUGAGAUGAAAUGCAUGAAUUGUUAAAUCAAGUAUCUAGUUGAUUACAGUUAUUUAAGGAAGGCCACUUCAGUCUACCAAAGACCAGAUUCCUUAAAACAACAUUCAAUGCCCAACUCUGUAGAAAAUCAACCACCAAAGUCUACUGGAAACAUAACGAGCCUCAAUGUUAUUGAUGAGCUUGCUGCUGGUGACUCACCAGGAACUUCUGAUUCAAAUCUGUUCUCUUGUUACGCUACGCCAUCAUUCAGUCUAAGUUCCAGUGCAGCAGGACAUGGGCCAUGGAUGUUUCCUGUGGUCCGGGCUCGGGAAGUGUUUUACAAUGUCUGUUCAGAUUAUGGUCUGCUGAACAAGGCCACCAUAAUUGCCAGUACACCAUGUACUUCCAGUGACCCUACUCCAGUUCAAGAUGGAACUUCUUCAAUGGAUUGUCCAGCACAUAACUCCAGUUAUGUUGACAUUCAAGUUGAUCCACCAGAUGUAACCCAUAGAGGUAAUGCAGAAAUGGGUGCUAUGCCUAUCAACCAUGGGAAACAGCUGCUUGCCUGGGAAGUAGAUACGUCAGAUUUUAAUAUAGUAACAUCUAAAUUGAAAAGUAGAACAGGUAGCUUAAAGAAACAAAAUGCAAAGAAGAUGAAACCAUUGGAGAAACUCAACAAAAAAAACAAUGAUUCCUCUCCAUAUACGGUUUUGGAAGAAAUGAAACAGCGCAAGGUUUUGGAUCUUAGGAGGUGGUAUUGUAUCAGUCGUCCACAGUACAAGACGUCAUGUGGAAUUUCCUCUUUAGUUUCAUGCUGGAAUUAUUUAUUCAGUACCUGUGGAACAGGAAGUCUUCCACCAAUUACCCAGGAGGAAGCUUUACAUAUCUUGGGUUUCCACCAACCCUAUGAAGACAUUAGAUUUGGGCCCUUUACUGGAAAUGCAACACUAAUGAGAUGGUUCAGGCAGCUUAAUGAGCAUUUUCAUAUAAGAGGCUGUUCCUAUGUUCUGUACAAACCCCAUGGGAAAAAUAGAACAGCUGGAGAAACUGCUGAAGGGGCUUUAAUGAAAUUAACUCAAGGGCUGAAGGAUGAGUCUAUGGCUUUUAUCUACCAUUGCCAAAAUCAUUACUUCUGCCCUAUUGGAUUCGAGGCUACCCCUUUAAAGGCAUCCAAAGCAUUUCGAGGGAAGCUCCACCUUGAUGAAAUGGAAUUUUGGAUUUUAAUAGGUGAACCAAGUAAGAAACACCCAGCCAUUCACUGCAAAAAGUGGGCAGAUAUAGUGACAGAUCUCAACACUCAGAAUCCUGAAUACCUCGAUAUUCGAAAUUCCGAAAAGGGUAUACAAUACAGAAAAACCAAAAAGGUUGGUGGAAACUUGCAUUGCAUAAUCGCAUUCCAAAAAUUGAACUGGCAAAAACUAAGCACUUGGAUGAUGAACAUUGGAAAUUUCAGAUGCGAAACACAUUCAAAAGUAUCAGAAUGUAAGGCCAACUCUGCCAUUGGUCUGGAAAGAGUUUUAAAUGAUCAUCAUGAACCAUCAAUGAAUGACAAGAAUAACAGUGAUGGAUUUCAGCAAGCAUCUGAGUGGAAGCAAAUCUCAAGUCCAUACGAUUAUAGAGAUGGUGUAUCUCCUGAAAGUGACACUGAUGAAGAAAAUUGUAUGAAACCCACAGACAGCACAGCUUCCCAGUCCUUCCUGUCCUCUAUCACGGAGGUCUUGGACGACAGUACACGGGUGAGUCUGGACAAACUAUCUCGUGAUGAACCGACUAAGGCCCUUGAAUCCUUCGAGAAGAUUAAAACUCCUGGAAGUGACGGCUUGCUGGUUGAGUUGUAUUUGGCUCUGUGGGAUUGGAUCAGCCCAGACCUGCAAGAUGUAUACGAGGCAGGAAGAUCUCUGACAGCCUCGCGCUACUCGGGGAUACAACUGUAUAUAUAUUGUGUGAUUUUAAGCAGCAUUAUGGGAGUUAAAGGACUGUGGAAACUGUUGGAGUGUACAGGCCAGCCUAUUAAUCCAGAAACUCUUGAAGGAAAAAUACUUGCUAUUGAUAUCAGCAUUUGGUUAAACCAGGCAGUGAAGGGAGCAAGAGAUCGCCAUGGUAAUGCUGUACCAAAUGCUCACCUCCUGAUUUUGCUUCAUCGACUUUGUAAACUUUUGUUUUAUCGAAUAAGACCAGUAGUUGUUUUUGAUGGAAAGACACCUCUGCUCAAGAAACAAACUUUGACUAACAGGUGGCAGAGAAAGGAGCUGGCAGUUAAAGACACAAAGAAAACUACAGAUAAGCUAUUGAGAACCAUAUUGAAGCAGCAUGCCUUAAAAAAUGUUUUAGGUGGCAGAAGUGAUGAGAUCGUACCCAGCCUUUCUCAGGUGAGAAGAGGAGAAACUGAUGAUAUUUUUAUUCUGCCUUCCUUGGUAAAGAAGGAGGAAAACAGUUCAGACGAAGAGGCAGAAAAGGAGUGGGAAGAACGCAUGACCAAUGAAAAACAAUUCCAGAAUGUAUUUCUUGAGAAUCCUCAUUCUGUAGACAUUGAAUCAGAAGACUUUGCUAGUUUACCUCCAGAGGUAAGACAUGAAAUCCUGACGGACCUCAAGGAGUUCACCAAGCGUCGAAGAAGCCUAUUACAGACCAUGCCUCAGGAGUCAACCGAUUUUUCCCAGUAUCAGCUGACUGGUCUCCUUAAACGCAACAGACUUAAUCAACAUAUUGAAGGCGUUCAGAAAGAGAUGAAUAAACAAUACUGCGGGCAAAUUCAAUUGGAAUGCAAUAAUGAGGGGGGAUUCAUAAAGGACAUGGAAACUAGACGACUUGUAUCAGAAGAUGCUUCACACUAUAUUCUGAUAAAAGGAAUCCAAUCAAAAGACAGUGAAGAUAAGGAGACAAAUCAGCAAGAUAUUGCACCAGAGGAAAUUGCUAAUCCGACAACUGCAGAGCUGGUCUCAAACACUGUUUGGGAGCCCUUCAAAGAUUCAAGCUCACCAUCUCCUCUCACAGCAAGCGCAUCCACAGCUCAGAAUGAUAGUGCUGCUUCUCCUGCUUCCCCACGGACUAUACUUGCUAUACAAGCAGCCAUGUUAGAAAGUAGCUCAGACGAGGAAAUGGAAUUUGGACGAGAUAACAAUUUGUUUCCUCUUGAGUGUGGUAGCACUUUGCAUUCGGCAAAUGUUGGUGCCAAAAAUUUAAAUUUGUCACCAAGAACUCAUCAUGCCAUCCAGCAGGCUUUAAAAGAUAAUGAACUGACAGACAAUGUGAAAAAGGAUAGCAAGAAUGAAUAUGAUAGUACUAGAAAACAAAGGGUCAGGACCUGCAGUUCAGAUGAUGAACAUGAAGAUGGAAAAGUAUUUGACAGUGAAAAUCAGUUUCUGAAAAUAUCUUUCAACCCACAGACUGCCCAACAGGAAGAAAUAAUAUCUGGGACUGUUCAAAGUUGCGAAAUGCAAGAAAUAUCUCCUGUAGGAGAUCAAAUUCCUGAUACUUUGAAGGAGCAUGAAGGUCAUGCCAUACAUUCAGAAGAUGAUGGAGGAAUAAUCCUUAGCAGCAGGAAAUGUGUCCAUCCACCUGAAAUAGCCAACUUAGCAGAAAAUAGCAAUACAAACACUAAAGCAAUUACAAACAUGGAUCAUCCUUCAUCUUCUGGUGUUGCUAUGGCCAUCCAGCAUGUUGGUAGUGUAAAACUGACCACACACACACAGACAAAAGGAGAGUUGGAUCUCAAGAGUUUCAUUUCUUCUGUGAAAGGAAAGCAAGAUUCAGUAGAAGAAACUGAUCAUCAGGAAAUGUGCACUAAGAAUGAUGGUGGAAGUGAUUCUGAGGAUAGCUUCAUUGAAGUUGUUAUCGACACUAGUAAAGUGGACCCGCACAAUGAGCUCUUUCCUGCUGAAAUUUUCACACCCUUAACGCCUGCAACUGAAUCCACACCAACGCCUAGUGGUAAUGUGGAAGUGACUUCAGAAGUUAUACAGAGAGUUACUGACAAACAAACUGAAGCUUUUAUCCAUGAUCGUAUGGAAGAAACUGUCCAACAGAGGAUGAAAGUGGAGGUGGACCAGAACAAACAGACAAGUGUGGGAGAAGCCACAACAAAUGACUGGAGUGAUCUAGAUCUGGAUGAAAUAGAGGAUCUAGAGAACAACUUGUUUGUAGAGCAGUCUGGCCUUCAAUCUCGGAAGCAACAGCAGGAACGUAUUGCUGCAACUGUCACAGGACAGAUGUACUUGGACAGUCAGGAGUUGCUACGACUUUUUGGUAUUCCCUAUAUUGUUGCUCCCACGGAGGCAGAAGCACAAUGUGCUUACCUGGAUCUGACCGAUCAAACCAGUGGAACAAUCACUGAUGACAGUGAUAUAUGGCUGUUUGGAGCACGUCACGUGUACAAGAAUUUCUUCAAUCAAGACAAGUAUGUAGAGUAUUACCAGUACGUCCACAUUCAUAAUCAACUGGGCCUUGAUAGAACAAAGCUGAUAAAUCUUGCCUAUUUUCUGGGCAGUGACUACACUGAGGGGAUUCCUGGUGUGGGUUAUGUAACAGCAAUGGAACUCUUGAAUGAAUUCCUUGGACCUGGACUGGAACCUCUUAUUCAUAUUCGAGACUGGUGGACUGAAGCUCAGAGAAAUAAAAAACUGCGAGAUAAUCCCAAUGAUACUAAAGUGAAGAAAAAGCUGCGACACCUAGACAUUUACCCUGGUUUUCCAAAUUCAGCAGUGGCAGAAGAAUAUCUGAAACCAGUUGUAGAUGAAUCUAAAGUAUCACUCUCCUGGGGUAGACCAGACCUGGAUGAGAUCAGGGAAUUUUGUGAGAACCGUUUUGGCUGGACCAGUAAGAAGACUGAUGAAGUUCUUUUACCUGUAAUGAAGCAACUCAAUACCCACCAGUCCCAGCUACGUAUUGAUUCCUUCUUCAGAAUGGAACAACAUGAGAAGCAAGCGAUAAAAAGCCAAAGGCUUCGCAGGGCUGUUACUUGUAUGUUGAGGAAAGAACAAGAACCUUUAACAGAGACAGAAGAAACCACAGCUAUAACAGAAGCAGCUACAAAUUCGGCAAUAGAAGGGAAGGACCAGGGAACAGCAUCAGGAAUCAAAGGCAAAUCAAAUAAUUCCCAAAUACAGCACAGAAAGAGGAAGCAAACACAGAAAUCUGCAGAACCACCUUCUGGAGGAGGAUUUAUUGAAUCCAUAAAGUUAUCUAAAAUAUCUGAUGACUCUGCAGUGGAUGACUCUGCAGUGGAUGAUUCUGAAGUUAAGUCAAAACAAUUUUCCAAAGUGAUGAGUUUGAUUAGAAAAACUUCAGAGAAGCAGAAGAAAGAUGGAAGAGAUAAAACUAAAGACAGAACUACCAAUAUGAGCAGCAGCUCAAGUGAUGAGAGUGGUGAUAGUAUUUUGGUAACGGCUAGACCUGUGUUUGAAAAGAGAGGAAAGGUUAAAGGACUUAAAACAAAACAAAGAAAAAAUUUGAGAAAUUAAAUUCCAUUGGCACUUUCUACAAUUCUAAUUAUUUGAAGCCAAAUUUAAAGUGGUACUUAAACCUCAUGUCCUAAAAUGCAAAUAUUUAGAGGUUUGUCUUCAUACAAAAUACUUGCAUCUUCUGUGAAUUCUAGGUUACAUAGUGACCAGACAGGCUAAAAUUUUGUUCAUAAAUUGCUUUAAAGCAUCUAGAAGUUGCUCAGUUAGUUAAAUUUAUUCUAGUUUGUCCCCGGAGUACAGCUUGGAAACAUUUUUGCAGUGCUAAAAUUAUCUGAGCUGUUGACUAUAUACCAUUGGAUUGAAAGCUACCAUUAUGAAUCAGUGGUUAUUUUUAUGUCUCCACCACUGAGUGCAAAAAAUAAUGAAUUUAUUUUACAGUAAAAGUGUAGAUUAAAGAUUUUUUUAGACUCUACAGAAAAAAUCAUGUGAGCAACAGACUCUAACUUUGAAUAAAUAUGUGAAAAUGUAUGUUUAUAUCACAUGCAUUCCAAAAAACAUUACAGGGAAUGUUGUUUAUGGGGGAAGCUGAUGAAUUGUUUGGAUACUAAAAUAAGCUCAUUUUGUGUUGGAAUUUGUUAAAACACUUGUCACGCUCUUAAUAAGCCCAUUAAAUGAUUAGUUAUUUUUAAUAUGAUGGAUAGCAGACAAAAACUCCUUUCUCAGUCUAGGAUGUCACUGCCAAUCUUCAUAUGUCUAAUUGUCAGGUACCAAAGAAAUAUUUUGAACUUUAAUUUUAUAAGUUCCUGGAUCUUGGGAACAUAGGAAGAAGAAUAGGUCAAUUAUCGUAUCAAGUAUUAAUCAUAAUGAAUUGUAAAUAAGUAAUAAUGUACUAAUAAAUGUAAUGCAUUUGGGACUCCC